AUGGCAGUCUCUAAUUUCGUCACAAGCCAAUACCCUUCUGAGGCCUUUGUCGAGAGCUGUGGCGCAAUCGCCUUCGACCUGUCCAAGGAACCCACAAAGGUCUGCCUGCUGAACUACUUAGCGACGGACGAAUGGCUCCUCGCCAAAGGCAGACGUAACUGCGGCGAACCGAGGCACGAGGCGGCGCUGCGAGAGGUCCUCGAGGAGACGGGCUUCCGCUGCAGACUUCUGCCUGUCGACAUGGCCACGCGAGCACCCGCGCCAGAUGACGAUGCGGACGCACCAGACGCGGCCGCCACGCGUCGAGCGAUCACGGAGCCGUUCAUGUUGACGAUGAGGAGCAUCGAUGGAGGGGCCGGGGUCAAGCUCGUCUGGUGGUACGUCGCCACCGUCGAAGGUAGGAACGGGACGGAGGAGGACACGGCGGGCGGGGAAGCUCAGUUCGAGGCGGCAUUCUUUGAUUGCGAUGAAGCCGUUGAAAAGCUGACAUUCGAGGCUGACCGCGAGGUUCUCAGGAGGGCUGUUCAUUUAGUCAAGAAGACGGUCUCCUAA